CCGCAGCGCAGCCAAACCGCAGGGCGAGUGAGCGGAAAGCCGCCGGGAGUAACGUUGCUGCGCUGAGAGUGUUGCAAGGAAAACAGGGAAAUUACGACCUUCUUCUGGUGGGAAUUUUGGACUUUGGGACAUCUAGGAUGAAAUAGCGUCGAGAGGAGUGUUGCACCCGCGGGAUAACAUAAAGACAGAAAGAAUAAAGUCUCGUCCAGCGUUUGUCCCCCGGAGGUCAGAUCGGGCCGGCCGCAGCGACACGCCAUUUCCUUCUCUGCUUUACAGCAUUUUGUUGAAGUGGUCGGAGGUUAUGAUGUGACCAGCUUCCCCUGCUGCAGGACUACACUUCCCAUGGAGCCGUGCGCCGACACGCACACUGUUCUACCAUGGAGUCACCAGUCGGGGUUUUGGACCCAGAGAGCCAGUGAGACAGAAGAGGACCUGAUACUCUAGACCCGUCGUCUCCCCCCCUCCAUCCCUCCUGCGUGUCCUCCAGCUGACCAUCCCUCUCUCUCCGAGGACUCGCCCGGCCGGCUGGACCUCCUCCCGCCUCCUCCCACCGCUCCCCCACUGUGGAUUACAGACUUUCAUCAGGAGCGAUCGGAGACGCUGAUCAGCUGACCAGAAGCUCCCCAUCACAGAGCGCAGCCCAGUCCGGGCCCAGUUCAGGUUCCGGUCUCAGCCCAGUCCUGCUGCAGGAUGGCAGCCCUGCCGUUCUGUUUGGCUGUGAUGGCCGCCGCUCACCUGCUGACCCUCAGAGCAGACGCUGCAGGUCAGAACCCGGACCACGUCCUGCAGGGGACGGGGGUGAAACCCGAGGCUCGGCGGCCCGGUGAGGACUCGACCAUUGCGCCAGAGGACGCGGCCCGUUUCCUCAGCUGCUACUGCUCCGGACACUGUCCUGAGGACGCCACCAACAACACCUGCCAGACCAACGGUCAGUGCUUCGCCAUCAUCGAGGAGGACGAGCACGGCGAGGCCAUCCUCACCUCCGGCUGCAUGAAGUAUGAAGGUUCACACUUCCAGUGCAAGGACUCUCCCAGAGCUCAGACCAGGAGGACCAUCGAGUGCUGCAACACAGACUUCUGCAACAGAGACCUGCAGCCCACGCUGCCCCCUCAGCCUCCCUCAGGUAACGUCUCCCUCCCCGGAGCCGUCAAGGUCUCCGUCAGGCCAACGCAGAGCCGAGUUAACCGCAGUGUUUUGUGUUUUCUUCCCCGCCGGAUGUUUCCAGAAGGCAGCCCCCACUGGCUGGCCUUCCUCAUCUCCAUGACGGUCUGCUGCUGCACUCUGAUCUGCGUCACCGUGGUCUGCUACUACAGGUAUAAGUGGCAGAGUGAGCGCCAGCGUUAUCACAAGAACCUGGAGGAGGAAGUCUUCAUCCCUGCUGGAGAGUCUCUCAAAGACCUCAUCCACCAGUCUCAGAGCUCAGGCAGCGGCUCCGGGCUCCCCCUGCUGGUGCAGCGGACCAUCGCCAAGCAGAUCCAGAUGGUGCGUCAGAUCGGGAAGGGGCGCUACGGCGAGGUGUGGCUGGGCCGCUGGAGGGGGGAGAAGGUCGCCGUCAAAGUCUUCUUCACCCGAGAGGAAGCCAGCUGGUUCAGAGAGACGGAGAUCUACCAGACCGUCCUGAUGAGACACGAGAACAUCCUCGGCUUCAUCGCGGCCGACAUCAAAGGCACCGGCGCCUUCACGCAGCUCUUCCUCAUCACCGACUACCACGAGAACGGCUCCCUGUACGACUACCUGAGGCUGAGCACGCUGGACACGCAGACGCUGCUGCGGCUGGCGUACUCGGCCGCCUGCGGCCUCUGCCACCUGCACACGGAGAUCUACGGCACGCAGGGCAAACCGGCCAUCGCCCACCGAGACCUCAAGAGCAAGAACAUCCUGAUCAAGAAGAACGGCGCCUGCUGCAUCGCCGACCUCGGCCUCGCCGUCAAGUUCAACAGCGACACCAACGAGGUGGACGUCCCUCUGAGCACGCGGGUGGGGACGCGGCGCUACAUGGCCCCCGAGGUCCUGGACGAGAGCCUCAACAAGAACCACUUCCAGGCGUACAUCAUGGCCGACAUGUACAGCUACGGGCUCGUCGUCUGGGAGAUGGCCAGACGCUGCGUCACCGGAGGUAUCGUGGAGGACUACCAGCUGCCGUACUACGAGAUGGUUCCCUCCGACCCGUCGUACGAAGACAUGCUGGAGGUGGUGUGCGUGAAAGGACUGCGGCCCACCGUGUCCAACCGCUGGAACAGCGACGAGUGCCUCCGGGCCAUGCUGAAGCUGAUGUCCGAGUGCUGGGCCCACAACCCCGCCUCCCGCCUCACCAUCCUCAGAGUCAAGAAGACGCUCGCCAAGAUGGUGGAGUCCCAGGACAUCAAGAUCUGACCGCCCUCCUCCUCCUCCCACUGCCGCCGCCGCCGCCACCGGAUUCACCCGAACCCAGAACAUAACUCGACCUGACCGUUACUCUUCUUCAUCAGGAGGAGGAAGUGGGAGGUAUAAAAAAAAGGACCCGUCUCAGGGCUGAACUGUGCUCCUCCUCCUCCUCCGCCGCCGCCGAGCGGCUCAUGGCGGCGAGACAGUUUGACGCUUUCUGUGAAAGCCAACGAGACGAUUAAAACACUUUAGGUGACGACUUCCUGUGGAGGGGAGAGGAAGCGUCGGCUCGGCGCAGAGGAAAGUUUGGAAUCGUCUUCUUAUUGUUCAUUUUAAGGAGCCGCCUCGCCCGGGCGUCCUGCGACUCUGCUAAAACGCUAAAAACGCCAAUUUAUUUUUUGUUUUGUUCUUCCUCUUCAGGACUGAGUUCUCCUGCCAUAUUGAAAUAUAUCUCCACUCUGAAAGUAGAGUUAAUUAUCAAAAAGCAAAGUAAGGUACUUUUAUGAUAUCUGAAUUUUAAUGUGUAAAUAAAUGUUCUCGUUAGAAGAUUUUAAAAACGUGAUGCUGCAGUGGCGUUGACGUCCGCUCGCUACAGAGACGUCUCCCGUCCUGUCCGUCUGUCCACAUCCUGGUCUCUCUGUCUGUCUGUUCGUUAGGAGUCAGUUAUAACGAGGUGGAGCCGCUCUGGUGGCAGGAGUUAAUCUCAUUGGGUGAGUUAAACCUGAGUGGGUGGAGCCAAACGACCAGAGAGCCAACUGCAGAUCCCGUUCAGCUGGGAGAGCCAAUCAGAAGACGAGAUAAGCUGACGAGCGAGAGUUGGUCACUUUAAAUAAAAUGUAAAUUUCAGAGAUUAACACUGAAUUAACGACCUCAAGUUAUUGAAGUGUAGCUUCAGUCCUGCAGCCUUUGAAUGCAGCGCCGCCUGCUGGACAAACACAGAUACGGCAUCUUACAAACGCCAGAACCGGGACAGAAACUCAAAGAGGACGGUUUAAUUUUCUAUUAUUGAUUGAUCUAAACUGUGCCGGUCAAUAACGAGCAGUUUAUUCACUUUAUGAUCCGACCGCUUUAGUAACUCUGCAGAUUAUUAAUUCAGAAUAAACCGACGAUGAUGAAGUAUAAUAACAGAUUAAACCGCAGAAAAUAAAGGAAACAUUAAGGUGUAACGAGUAUUUGUACACUGUGGUAUUACUGCUUCUACUUAAGGUCAGAGUACUCGUGUCACUUUGAAAGUUUGUUCAGCUGUUUGUUGAAAAAAAUAAUAAUUUAAAGACGUCAGGAAAAGAAGAUAUUUUGAAUCUUUAGUUAAAAUAUCACUAACGGAGCUCUCGUCUACUUCCUGCCGUGUCUCGUCCUCGUCGCGCGGUUUCGCUAAAUUGCUGCGUGGGUUAACUCUCAGAUUUUAGUCGUUCUUUGGCUCCUCCCACCGAGGUUUCACCUGGCCAAUCAGAUUAUCGAUCUGAGAUUAAUUUAUUCCAAAAAUGACCUUCAGUUUCUUCUUUCCACUGCAUUGACAUCAGGAAGUUGGUUCAGUUGCAUUUUCGGGGACAAAAGUGUCCCGUUAGGAAUAUUUGGGAAACUCGUCCAGAAUGUGGUUAGCCUAGCUUAGCAUAAAUACCGGAAGCAGGGGGAAACUGUUAGCCUAGCAUUGUAAAAGUGAGACCUUGUGGUUUUACCAGCAGUUAGCGACAACAAAGCUAUGCUAGCAUCCCCCCCCCCCGCUUCCAGUCUUUGUGCUAAGCUAAGCUAAGCUAACCACGCGCUGGACCCCUCUGUGCCCUGGACGCCGCACAGAGAUGGGGGGGGGGGGGACCUUACCUGAAAUGUGGGACUGUCUCUUUAACUGUGUUUCUGUCCUCAGCAGCGGGAUGGCGUGCACGUGACGGCGUGCACGUGACCACACAGUAACUUUGUGCUUCUCUCUCUGUAAUAAACAUGCAAGAAGCCGCCUGUAUAGAAUAAUCUGUUGUUGUUGUUGUUGUACAGCUUCUGGUUCGGUGCCUUAUGAGUUUACCAAGGAAAUGAAAAACUCUGUAUACCGUCUGUCCAAUGUAACGAUUUUUAAGUAAAAUAACCUUAUUUUAGUACACAA